UCCGCGGCGGUGGCGGCGGCAGCUCUUCUCCGGAUCUGUCACGGUGUCGGCAGUGCCCAGCUCACCAGCCCCCCUUCCCUUUCCGGCGAGCGUGGUCACCAGAGAGGCUCUCUCAAGCCUGCUCUGCGGGGUCCACAGCGGGGCGCGGGUGUCCGGCGGCGGCGAGCCUGUGGGCAGUGGGGGUUGGUCCCGUGGCUCCGGCCCCCGGUGCAGAAUGGCGACGGCGGUUCGGAUGAACAUCCAGAUGCUGCUGGAGGCGGCCGACUACCUGGAGCGGCGGGAAAGAGAAGCUGAACAUGGUUAUGCCUCCAUGUUACCAUACAACAACAAGGACAGAGAUGCCUUAAAACGGAGGAACAAAUCCAAGAAGAAUAACAGCAGUAGCAGAUCAACUCACAAUGAAAUGGAGAAGAAUAGACGGGCCCAUCUUCGCUUGUGCCUGGAGAAGUUGAAGGGGCUAGUGCCACUUGGACCCGAAUCAAGUCGACACACUACAUUGAGUUUAUUAACAAAAGCCAAAUUGCACAUAAAGAAACUUGAAGAUUGUGACAGAAAAGCCAUUCACCAAAUAGACCAGCUUCAGCGAGAGCAGCGACACCUGAAGAGGCAGCUGGAGAAGCUGGGCAUCGAGCGGAUACGGAUGGACAGCAUCGGCUCCACGGUCUCCUCAGAGCGCUCGGACUCGGACAGAGAAGAAACUGAUGUGGACGUUGAAAGCACAGACUAUCUCGCGGGGGAGCUGGACUGGAGCAGCAGCAGUGUGAGUGAUUCUGACGAGCGGGGAAGCACGCAGAGCCUCGGCAGUGACGAGGGCUACUCCAGCUCCAGCGUCAAGAGGAGAAAGCUCCAGGACAAUCACAAGACGUGUCUUGGUCUGUAAGAGAGCGCGGUCCCUCCGGCGGCCUCCCGGCUGGUUCUCCCUGUUGGAUCGGAUUAGGUAGUGUAUUGGACCUGCCCACAACUCCCUUGCACGUCAGCUUCGGUGUACCACAUUGACCAAAUCAGCUUUGUACAAGUUUCCAAGGAAGUGCUUAGGAUUGUGGGUUUCUGACUGCAUCCACGAGCUUCUCUUUCUCCAUAAAAAUUUGUCUCUGAGAGACUGUACAUUCCAAUCAAUUUGAAGCACCCAAGAAUUCUUAGACUGAAUAAGCAACUUUCACAUCCCAGCAAUUUUCCCCUCUUCCUUACUGUCCCCAUGUAGUCUACCAGACCUUUCUUAAAAUUUUCUGGCUUACUGUGUUAUUUGCCUAGCAGAAAUGUACGAAUGUGUCUUGUGCUUAGGAAACUGAAGGAAACAAACUUUUCAAGUUGAGAUCCUGAUCUCAGCACUCCAAAGUAAGCUUUGAAAGCAGCAUUUCAGAGCACUUACCCGUGGACCUCACCCCCGUGAGGAGUCAGGAAUACCUCCAGAAACUCGCCCUUCACACACACCCGUGCUAAUCCCCUGCCCCGCACGUGGAUGGGAGCAGUCUCCUCACUUUAAGAUGGACACCUUGAUGGCGUGUCUUUGGGGUUGCACAGCUCAUCAAAGUUCCAACAUUGUUUGUUCUCACGAACAGAACGGUACAAUCUCUUUUUGUGCGAUGUUCCUGGGACCGUGCUGUGUACUGCUCUCCCAAGGCACAUUUUCCCCUCAAAGUUUGUUAUGCUACUUGUCUCUGGAACAUUUUUUUUUCCUACCUCAGAGAUGAAUGAGAUCUCCAUUUCCCACUUAACACGAAGUGAUUAUGCCUCUUUUUUUUUUUUUUUUUUUUUUUUGAAUAAGUGACAUUUGGUCCAAUUCUAAUGUGUUUUCCUAUUUAACUCUCAGCAAUAACUGAGCUUUGGCGCUAGCUGAGCUAGUGUCCAUCUUCAGUGAAAGGAAAAGUCCACAUUGCUACUCUCUCUGUUGCAGGUGAACAGGAGGGGAUGGUAUAGUGUUACUGUAAUCCCUCUCCUUAUUGUUUUGGGACACACCCAGAAACUUCUUCACGGAGGCUUUUGGGUUGGCAGUUUAAAAGGAUGAUUUCUUUUUGGUUAUGAUUUCUCCCUUAAGUGGUCUCCCACUUUGUAGCAUUUUUAUUUAAGCUAAAACAGAGCACAUGUAUAUGUACAUAAGACACAUUAAAUCUAUAAAUACUAUUUAUUCAUUUUAUAUAAACUAAUGUAAUGGAAAAUAAAUUCUUAUGACUUUGUGCUUUUAUAGAUGUUCUAGAAACUUUGUAUGUAGGUAUCUACAAAAUUGGUUCACUCCCCUUAAUAUUUUUGCAUUCAUAUUUUUGAGGUCUUGAUGUUUUCAGCCUCUGGCGAAUCUUUUCCAUUGAAUUUGAACCACUUGUAAAAUCUGUGACGCUGAAACAGUAUGUGUCACAAAGUGAUGAGAACAUUCCUAAAAUCCACAGACGCACUGCAACCUUAAGGGCUCAACGGCUGAAGCCCGUGCUCCCCCUGGCCUGUGGUCUCUAGCAUGCCGCAGCCUUGCAACUCCUCCAGCACCACCUCCUUCCACACAACUAUCGUCAAGCUCUAAGGCAUCCACGGGGAAGCUCAUUCCAUACCUGAAGAGCAGUCUAAACAAAGCGAGAUUACUUUUUUCUUUUUAAUGAUUCUUUAAUGUAUUAAAAAAAAUUAAAUGGGAAGUAGUGGAUUCCUAAAUGAUUCCCAAGUCCUCUGUAAUUCUUCUGUUUUUGUUCUGUUUUUCUCAUUUCAGGUUUGGGUGGGGGGAGGGGCAGGUGACACAAAGGGUUUUUUUACCGUUGGAAUCUUUUCCAAUUACCAGCUGAAGAUUUGCACUGAAAUACAACUUGUAUGCCUUUUGCAUUUUUAAAGCCUGCUUCCUGAAUUUAAGCAGAGUGAUAGUGUUCAAAGAGCCAGCUCAGCCUGUAACAUGUUUGAAAAAGAUAUAUCUGCACUUUGAGGUCCUUUUCGAAUGCCAUUCGCUAGACCUCACAAGCAUUUUGUGUAAUUGCUCCAUUCAAGCGCCUCACGAGUCCAUGAUGCUGGAUGCUGUACGGCAUCGAAAACUCAAGACUUGGGGAAAAGCUUGUGGGCUUGCAUUGGGGGAGGGAAGGGAACAAAAUUUGUGUAUUUGUUUGUUUAAUUUAGAAAUAAGGCAUCUGAGAGAUGUCAUUAUUUUCUGAGUUUUAAUUGUUGUGCCUUUGAGUUAAACUGCAUUUUUAUCUUUUGGUUGGAAUAUGAAAUGUACUGUCCCAAUAUAAAACAGUCAUUAUUUGACCUUUGCACUGUUUGUCUGGUCCUUUUCAAUUUGAUUGCAUAUCUAAAUGUGGAACUUGAUAGAUCUCUAUAUUUUUACUGCACUUGUGAUAAACUGGCACCAGGGUUAGACGUUACUUUCAAAGCUUGAGGUAGACGAAGCAGCAUGCCAGGCAGGCCUCGCUCUAACCAAAACUGUAAACUUCAGGACCAGCAGACUCAGCCCAAGGCAGCUAAUCCCCUUCCCCACAUGGCUGAUCAGCAGCCCUGAUUCACCAAUCUGUCCCCUCAUUCACUGAGCCACCAGCGUGACUGUUGAGAGC